AUGAAUGAAGAAGGGACUUAUUUUUACAAAAAUCAAAUAUUUGAAUCGUUUUUAAAAUAUGUUGACGCAAUAGAAUCAGAUCUCCUUAUUGAGGCUGAUUUAUGCACAACUCCAUGUCCUUUCUUCCCUCAAUAUAAAUAUUCAGGAGCAAUUUCUGCUGCGAGAACAAUUCACUCUCUUUCUAAGAUGAGUUUUGAUUCAAAAAACGAAACACAUGUUGCACUAUUAAAUGCCUUGUAUUUCGCUAUAACACACCAGAGUGAAAUCCCAGAGGUGACCGGGAAACAUUGGGAAAUCAUUGGAUUUCAAUCAUCAAAUCCAAUCUCAGAUUUAAGAUGUACAGGAUUGUUUGGACUUUAUAUGCCAUUGCUGCUAUUUGCAAGAUCUCCAAAGAUAGCAAACGAGUUUGUUCAGGCAGCAAAUAUCCCAGGAAGAGAAUUUCCAAUGAUGUUAGUCCUAAUCAAUGCCGCUGGAAACUCGUGUGAAGUUGCUCAGAAAAGUGACGUUUUAAAGGGUGGAAAAAACAUCAAAGAUGGUAUAUACAUUAUAUCCUUAUAUUUCAAUGGCAUUGCUGCAAGCAUAGCUAGACAAUGGAAGAAGAGUAAGAAGAAUUUUGUGAAUGGUUUUUCAAUUUUCGAAAAAGUAUCAAGUGACUGCUCAAACAAUCCCCAUGAAACUAUUAACAUUGCGGUAAGUGUAGAUGUGUGA